AUGGAGACAAUAUGGCUUUAUCAGUUUCGUCUGAUCGUCAUCGGAGACUCCACCGUUGGCAAGUCCUGCCUAAUCCGGAGGUUCACUGAGGGUCGCUUUGCCCAGGUAUCAGACCCGACUGUUGGAGUGGACUUCUUCUCCCGCCUGGUGGAGAUUGAGCCAGGAAAAAGGAUCAAACUUCAAAUCUGGGACACUGCAGGACAGGAGAGGUUCAGGUCUAUCACCAGAGCCUACUACCGCAACUCAGUAGGCGGGCUCUUACUCUUCGACAUCACAAACCGCCGCUCCUUCCUAAAUGUCCACAACUGGCUGGAGGAGGCCCAGAGCCACGUCCAGCCGCACAGCAUCGUCUUCCUACUGGUCGGCCAUAAGUAUGACCUGGAGGUCCAACGUCAGGUGACCCAGCAGGAGGCAGAGAAGCUGGCCAGUGCCUACGGGAUGCGCUACGUGGAGACAUCUGCACGAGAUGCCAUCAAUGUGGAGAAGGCGUUCGUGGAUCUGACGAAGGACAUCUUUGAGCUGGUUCGGAACGGGGACAUCAAGAUCCAGGAUGGCUGGGAGGGCGUAAAGAGUGGGUUUGUUCCCAACACCGUCCAUUCCUCUGAGGAGGUGACGAAGGGCAGCCGGCAAUGCUACUGCUGA